GCAUCUUGAAAGGAAUUUUUUAAAUAGAUGAAAAAUGAUUGGAAAAAAAGCACAAAGUGUGCAGUGUAGUGACAAAAUAAGUAUCUGAACUAGAAAUAUAAUCUUUGAAUCAAAAGUGCCAUUCGAUUUCAAGAAGUCAAUGCAGAUAUUUCAAGAUAACCUGCAAUUGCAAAUAAAUGAACGGAAAUAGGUUCUACUUGUAAGAAAUGAAUGUUUAUAAUUGGGAGCAACUAAAUCUAGAAAAACAUUGUUAAAUGUUCUGAAUAAUUGGAAAAUAUUCAAUCAGUUCUCAUCUCUUUCACUAACUGUUUAAUCGCUCUAGUAAUGAUAAUGUAAUCAGGAGCUGAAGCACUAUUACACACUGAAUAAUGGAGAGUUUUAAAAAAAAGUUUAGUCGAUUUGAAAUGCACCUCUUUAGUCUGUUUUAUUGAAGAACCAUAUAAAGCGUUCAGGGUGUGUGACGUGGAUCCAAUCACUUAGUGUGUAAAUGAAGUGGGAGCUUUAAGUUUGAUUUAUUUCAGUCAGUGAUUCUGCUAUUAACGCCACGGGGCUGGGGAUAAUUAGACUGCGUUAAUUAAAAAUUCUGCAUGUCUCGUUUCCUCGAUCUGUAUUCUUGUCUCUCUUUUCUGUUUAUCCCAGAAAACUCCACUGCACAAGGAACUACAUCCACAUGCAUUUAUUUGUCUCAUUUAUCCUGAAGGCCAUUGCCGUGUUCGUCAAGGAUGUGGUUCUCUACGAGUUUGGAGAGGUCGACAACUGCUCCCUAGGCUCCGUUGGCUGCAAAGCCGUCAUUGUAUUUUUUCAGUACUGUGUGAUGGCCAGUUUCUUCUGGCUGCUUGUGGAGGGCCUCUACCUUCACGCAUUGCUGGCUGUCUCUUUCUUCUCCGAGAGGAAAUACUUCUGGGCUUACAUUAUGAUUGGCUGGGGAGGUCCGGCGAUUAUCAUCACAGCCUGGAGCAUCGGUAAAGCGUACUUCAAUGAUGUAGGGUGUUGGGACAUUAUCGAGACCACUGAUGUGUUCUGGUGGAUUAUUAAAACACCCAUUUUAGCAUCAAUCCUGGUGAAUUUUCUUCUUUUCAUCUGCAUCAUUCGAAUACUUCGCCAGAAGAUAAACUGCCCAGAUAUUGGAAGAAAUGAGUCCAACCAGUAUUUGCGACUUGCAAAAUCAACACUGCUUCUGAUUCCUUUGUUUGGAAUCAAUUUUAUAGUGUUUGCAUUCAUCCCAGAGCAAGUGAAGACUGAAUUACGUCUCAUUUUUGACCUGAUUCUGGGAUCGUUUCAGGGCUUUGUGGUCGCAGUCCUUUACUGCUUCCUCAACGCUGAGGUCCAAGGGGAGAUUAAGAGGAAGUGGCGGAGGUGGCACUUGCAGAGAUACAUGGGCUCAGACACCAAAUACCAGCACCCGUCCAACAGCAGCAACAACUUCAGCACCCAGAUCACCAUGUUGACGCGUUGCAGUCCCAAAACGCGGCGCGGUUCGUCCUCCUGUCACGACGACUUGUCCUCCAUAUGAGUCACAAAACCGGAGCUGCAGACAAGCCAGCCGUAUUCUUUCAUGACAAGAACCUGUCAUGGAAACUCGCGCACAAAAACUACACACUCACUUAUCAGCACUUGUAAUAAAUUGUGCAAAUCUUUUGCUGAUCAUGUUUUGUUAAAAAAAAAAAGUUUCUCAUUUGAGCAAUUUUGAAUGUGUUUUUACUUAUUAUUUUACAUAUUAUUUUACUUUUAGGAAAACGCUGAUAGGUAAAUGUUUGAGUUGAACAUUUUUGAUCAUUUAACUCUUGUUAUUUUAUGUGCUGAGACACAAGACAUAGUUACAAAACAUAUAAUAAUGUGAUUAAAAGUAUCUCUAGAUAAAUUUUAGGUGUUAUUUUAAACUGAUUUAAAAAAUACUUAUUGGCAUUUAGGAACUCCUUGGAACGUUGAUAAGCCAUCAAUGACGAUCUGACGUUCCUGUAUUUUUGCUGGAAACAUUUUAAUGGGUGGAUUCUUGCAAAUGCCAAAAGUUUAAGCAGGAAGACCAGUGUGUGACUACAAGAGGGGUUUGGAUCCCAAACGCUUUUGUUUUUAUACACUAUCUCUCUUACACACUGACUGAUUGCCUUCUUUUUUCCCUCUAUGUUGCAUUCUCUCUUUGUUUUCCUGAUCCCUUGAUUGAGGGAAUGUUUUUUUUUUUUAUCAUUUCAGGCACUGACAAGUGCCUGGUUUCAGUGUUAUCAAGCAACACUUUUCACCCCAAUCUCUUUUUUCUGCAGGCUGCACAAUAACCUCGGAGAGAAAAUACCUUCACACGACUCAGUGAUUGAAUGUUUACAUUUACUCGGGAAGAUAAUUUAAUGCUGUACAGACAAGUGAAUAGUGUACAUAAAGCGUGUGGCUACACUUCUUGUGUAGUGUGGAUUAAUUUAUGGCUGUAAAUGCUUCAAUUAGCUACUGGCAUUGCAUUAUAGAUGAUCAAAAGCCUCCAGAUUUACGCUGUUGUACAGGCUUGUUAAUGUAACAGUUUCCGGUUCAUUGUCUGGCAGAGUAAAUGCUCAGAUUUAUAACACGGAAGAGUAAUGCUUACACAAAGAUGCCUCCUUGAUCACGCUCCAGUGGACUGACAAAAGCUUGAACUCCUAAACCUCCAUUGUGUAUAAAAUUUAUGGGAAGGUCCACUGACUUGUUAUAUUUGAAACUUGCUGUCACCGGAGUCUGAAACUGACGAGGCAGAGAACACUGUAAAGCAAAGCAAAGUGACAGGGAUGACUAGUCCUGUCACAUUAAGGCUUUUGUCAUGCUUCUCGGCUCACGCGGGGUGGACUUCAAGUCAUUCCCACGUUCAUGAUGCAACAUGGAGCAUCCAGGAGAGUUUUCCCAGAAAGAAGAAAAAAAAGAAACUGUCCUAAAGGUUUAACUGUUUUUUUAUUUUUUUAUCUUCCAUUGUAAAAAAAAAAAUAUAUUCUGAAUAUCACAGUUCAACUUGCGUUGUUGACAAAGGCAACAUGACAUUUUCAUUGCUGGAUAAUUCCAAAUAUCUUGAAAUACACAAACUAAUACAAGAAUCCUAUCAUGUAGACAGAUUAGAUUCAAAGACACACAGCUCAAUCUGAUACUAAACGUAAAACAGGAGAUUCUAAUCCAGUUUAUAAUGCCAAUUGUUCAAAGUUUUUUUUUUGUCCUGGGGGUUCUGAGGCGAGGCGGUGGAGCAGGUGCACCAUGUGCAGGGACUGGAGCUCCACAGCGCAGCUGUCCAAGGUUCAGUUCCCAACCUUGAGACCUUUGUCACAUGCUUCCCUCUUUUAUCUGUCUCUGUCCAUUUCCUUUUGAGUUGUUCAUUUUUGCAGCAAUCCCUCUUACUGAACAAGCAGGUGGCAACAAUGGGCAGAUUAUCUCUGGGAGAUAAAGCAUAAAUACACCAGAGAGAAGCAAGGCAGUAUUAAAAUUCAUAAAAGAAAGCUUCACUUAAAUUGGAUAAAGUCAUCUUGUGUUUUGCAAUGUUUUACUUCUGCAUCAGGCAAGUAGUUUGACUGCAAAUGUUUUUCAUCUUCCAUUCUCAGUACGUUUAACAUAAGAAGCUAUUUUCAUCACUUGCAUCUAAAUCCUGCAAAACUUUUGUGGACAUACCAAUGCAAACUUAUCGUUCACCAAAAAAAACCCAUUUGCCUAAACCACUGUGAUGUUCUUGAAACUGAAGUUAUUUUAUGACAUUAGCACUUGGACUCUUUCUACUGGAGUCCAAGUGCUAAUUUUGGAAGCACCUUCUACUUCCAAAAUUAAUCUGCAAAAAUUGUAAUGGCUUACAACUUUUAGAAGAAUCUAACUUUAAAAAUCCUUAGUUUGUUAUCUUUUUAACAAAGUAGAACCCAGAAAUAGAAACAGUUAUUAACGCGACACAACAGUGUAAUACUAACCUAGACUGUACUUCUCAAGCAGUGUUCACACAGCAGCAGAGACCAAAAGUCAUGAAUUGACAAAACGGAGUCACCUGCACCAUUUGCAACCCAACGCUGUUUUUAAAAACGCCACCCUUCUCCAUUCCUACUGUGCACUUUUGAAGUCCAAAGAAAACAUCUGCAAGAUAUCGUGAAGCAGAAAACUGAAAGGGCAAUGGAAAAACUGCAGUCAAAAAGUCACGGACCCGAAACCUUUAGCAUGGGAAUCUGUGGGAAACUCUAGUUUUGCUCUUGUAGUCACAUUUACAGUGUGGGCUAUCUUCAGCCUGACAUAACAAUACCAGAAAGAUACUCAGUCCUAAAAGAACAAGCUUUUUUUUUUUUUUUACUUCACUGUGGAACUGUGUAAUUCUUUAAACAAUGAUAUGCCAUUAAAAUCGGCUUGUGUGUAGCCAGAAGUAGAGAACGGUUAAAUAACAGGUGUUGGCCUGCUUGUCUAGUUUAGGGGUAUAUUUUUUCAGCAUAUUUUUCAUUGGAUUUCUGAACGCAGUCUGCUCUUCCAUGAUGUAAUCAAGGAUCAGCAUCACUUGAUGUAAGCAGCAAAGGACUGGAAGUGGCUCAGUUAGCACGUUGCCCUUGUGUCACAUUUUACACUCUGAUAUAAAAUCUGUCUCAUUAAAACCAGUAGAAGAACCAAAAAAAAAAAAAAA